UUUUAGUAUCAUGAAAGAGCAAGCUUAGCUCGUUCUGUGUCUGGAAACUGUUCAAUAGCAGGAGGAGCAGGAGCAAGUGGGUAUGGAACAGGAGGAGGAGAAGCAGUAGCAGGAACAAGAGGAGAAGGAGCAGGUUCAGGUUCAGUUUCAGAACUAGGAGCAGGUUCAGGCUCAGUUUCAAGUUUAGGUUCUGCUCAGGUUAAAGUUUAUAUCUCGGAGAAGUUGACCCAUCUGAUCCAUAGUUCCAGUACAGGGUCAAUCUACACUGCGGAGAAUAUAAAACCUGAUCUCAAGAAGAUUUCAAGUUCUACAUCCAUCUUUACAAUCUUCAUGUCAUCAGUUGCAUCUUUUAGUGCACUUGGUUCACCAGCAUCAGAAGAAGAAGAAAAAAAUAGUUUGAAAAAUACCAGGUUUAAAAAGAUCGAAAACUCCGGGAAAAUGUUCUUGGAGAAUGACGGACGAAAAUAUGGAAACAUUGAAAAGAUAAUAAUCAACGAUAUUCAAGAGAAGAAGAUGAAUGAUGAACAGCAGAGAAAGCAAAGUAAAAAAGAAGCGACGGACUCCUAUAGUAAUGCUUCUUUCGAGGAAUCAUUAAAAGAAGGUAAAGAUCAAAGAGAUCAAGGAGAAAUGCGGGAAAACAAUAAAGAAAAAAUCCGCGAAACAGAUCUGAACCAGGAAAAUGUUCUGCAAGACAAGUUUCCCUCUGGGGGCAUGAUAUUUUACAAGGAAAGUAAACUUCUUAACGGAUUAAAGCUAAAUAAAUCCUUUAAGUUUGAACUUCUACCGGAGAAUCUGUGUCAGGACGCGUAUCCCAGACGUAUGGAGCAAGGCGGAUUAUGUGUCUCAGGGUUAAUGAAAGAGUACGGAGAGAAGAGAAAACUGUCCAGCAUCCAGGAGAUCAAACCUGCUCAACUGAACAACAAUGAGGAGGAAGAGGUUGAUGAGAAAGAUGAGAAAGAAAAAAAGGACGAAUUGAAUGAUUUGGAGGAAAAAUCUCCCGUCCUAGAAGUUUCAACAGAUAAACUAAAUCUCUUGAACUAUGAUGAAACAUCCCCAGUCCAGAAACCCAUAAAGAAAAGUGUUCCGAAUCUAAGAAAAAUAUCAAAAAGUUUGGACGUAUUUCGUCUCCGCGAGAAUCCCAGGAAAAAUCCUAUCAGGUCUAGAACAAAAUCAUUCGAAUUAUAUCAAAGCAGAAAAGUUGAAGUGCCUCGAAAACUGUCCCUGGAUGCAUGGUUAUACCCCGAACAAUAUUAUGCUACAUGCAACAGGGCUAAUUCGAUCGAAGUGGAAAAAAUGGCCGGAAGAAACCCGUCAAAUAAUGGACGAAAAUCUUCAAAGAUCCAGGUUUAUAAAACCUUGCCCGAAGAACCCUUGCAAGGAUCCCAGUCGGAGUUAAGUUUUAAACCCGUCCUAACCGACCAGGGUAAACAGGAACCCGGAGAAAUAUUUGAACCCGAGAAAUCUAAAUCUGAAGAAUUCGAAGAUUCAAACUGCCAUAAAGUUUCAUUUUACUAGCUGAAACUGAAACUCAGCCAACCCAUAAAAUACCAAGUUUAUCUGAGAAUAAAACCAAUAAAAGAUUAUGACAUUGUA